ACAUGUUAUACUGUUUGCAGGGCAGGUGUUGUUCUUGAGGUCAGUCAAAUUAAUUUUCUUCUUUAUAUAAAACCAGGUAUAUUUUUAAUUAAAUCAAAAAGCAAUAACAAACGCAUCACCUGACCAUUGCAGAUGUGGGUUGUCAUUAAAAUGCUACACGUUGGCCCAGCUCCUAAUACCUCCAACGUUGCAGGUUUGUACAUUCCUUGACUGCUUUUGUUUUGUUAGCGUUCCUAAGACAUCGGAGGCUCUUGUGUUGCUCUUCUGUCGGAUUUAGGUACAUUUGAGGACCAUCUGCUCCUGCUGGGGCCGCUGGCCCUUUAAGAACAGCAGCAGGGGAAAGAGGAGGAGAUGUAGAGGGGGGCAGGAGGAGGAGGAGGAGGAGGAGGACCAGGCUGGAGCAUCUUGGUUGCGGUGUUUUUGUCUCCCUGUCAGCGAGCGCUCCUGGGCCGAGGAGGAGGCUGAGAGGAUUUCUACAGGUCAGAUAAGAAGAGGAGACGGUAGAGGGAGGAAAAAGAAACCUACAUUUUUAUCUGCUGCUGACUUCAACAAAAAAAGAGUGAGUGUGAAGCCCUGGGGGGACAGAGCCAAUCCAUCCUUGCGUCACGAGCAGCUGGUUAAUGACUGUUAAAUAAUCAACCAAAGACUCAUGAUGGCACAGGUGCUUCAUAUGGACCCUGGCUUCCCAGAGAAACUCAACAAACUUGCUCCCCCCUCCAUGCACGGCAAAGAGCAAGAGGCACCUUACUCGGUGGAGACCCCCUAUGGUUACCGUCUGGACCUGGACUUUCUCAAAUACGUGAAUGACAUCGAAAAAGGGAACACUAUCAAGAAGGUGCCGAUCCAACGUCGGCCCAGAUACGGCUCCCUGCCCAGAGGCUAUGGCUACACCGGCUCGUGGUGGACGUCCACGGAAUCUCUGUGCUCCAACACCAGCAUGGACAGCCGGCACUCCUCCUUCUCUUACUGUGCCCCGGGCUACCACGCGUCGCAGAGGCCCAGCUUUAGCACUGCCAGAGUGGAGAAGACCUUGAUGGACGCACGCAGAAAGCUGGAGGAGGAGAAAGAAGGCCGCCGAUUCUCCAAUCUGGGCAGCAUGAACAGCAGCGUCGCCGGCUCCAACACCUCCAUCAGUAGUGCGCACAGCUUCAAUCGGAGUCAGAGCGGAGGCGGGUCGUUUACCCCGAUAAGUUCUGGCCUGUCGACGCCAGUUACCCCAACACCAGCCCACCUUCAGCAUGUCAGGGAGCAGAUGGCAGCGGCUCUCAGGAAGAUCCGAGACCUGGAGGAGCAGGUGAAGACCAUCCCUGUGCUGCAGGUGAAAAUCUCUGUGCUGCAGGAGGAGAAACGACAACUCAGCGUCCAGCUGAAGAGUCAGAAAUUCCUGGGCCAUUCUCUGGGUUUUAGCAGAGUGCGUCCCAGAGGAGAACUGUACAUCGACAUCCCCGAAGAAGAACAGAGCGCCGGCGCAAAGAACAACGGCAACAACCCCGGAGAACCCGUUUCCGUCACUACGCCCGACGGCGCCAAACAAGACUCCGGGUGUGAGAUUGAGGAGACGGUGAUUGUGGGCGGAGCCAGACCAGACGCAAAGCGGGAAGUGCGCACCAUCGGAGUGGGACCGGAGCAGUCCAGGGGCAGCCGUCAGGUGGGAGUCGGUGUUCGGGAGGAGGACCUCGGGCUUCUGCCGGAGACGAAGGCUCUCAGGAAUCAACUGGGUCAGCUUGAGGGCAAGCUAAAGAGGACGAUGCAGGAGCUACAGGCUGCUCAGCAGCAGCAGGCGGCGUCGGGCCAAAGGUCUCCUCAGGCAGAUCACCCACUCAUAGCAACCAGCAUGGGCUGGCAGGAGUCGCAAGACUGCAACCUGCACACCCUGGUGAGCUUCACACAGGAGCCCCAGCGGACAGAACAGAGGACUGUGGGGAUUCAGGUGUACACGUCAGAGCAGCCCACCGUGGUGGAGGUGGGAACGCUCCUGCGGGCAGAGACCUGCAACUCCACCUCUUCGCAGCCAGCAGGAUCGGAGAGCAGUCACAGAGGACAAGCUGAAAGAUUGAACUCAGCUGACGUUUCCACUAAGGUACCCAUCGCUGUCAGCUCUAAACAGGUGCGCAACGUCCUCAGGAGCGAGCUGUCCACGUCGAUGCCCGUGGCCGCUCCCGCCGUCACUGUAGGAAAGUCCAUCACUCAGAUUAGUUUGAUGCCCUUAAAGGGGGCAGAUAGCCACCAGCGAACCACUACAGAGAACGUCCAAUCACAGGAAAACGCUAAAACAGGCUCGUCUCCUCAGUCUCUGAGAUCAAUCAUGAAGAGGAAAGCAGAGGGUGAACCAGGCUCCCCUUCCACGAAGAAAAACCUCCAGUUCAUGAGGGUCAACGGAGGUUACGAGUCCACAUCAUCAGAGGACAGCAGCAGUGACAGUUCAGACGAGGCCAGUGACUCCAGCGAGUAUCACGAAGCCAGAGAGAAGCUUCCAGAAUCAGGCGCCACACACCAGCAAUCAAAAACCACCCACAUUUCUCAGGCCCAGGAGAACGCUGCUUUACCUCAGCAAGCAGACGUCAAAGCCGACAAUCCAGAGAGACGACAGAGUUCAAGCCGGUCUACGGCCGUUCAUGCAAACCUGCCAGAUAAAGACUCUCAGCCACCAGCAGAAGAAGCUGCCGUACAGGAAUGUCCCUCCCAGCCAGCAGUCACUGACCCCGUCAAGACCCCGCCGUGUUCAGGAAUGUCGUCGGCCUCUCCGGCGAACAUCAUCAUGGGCCAGUCACAGGAAAAGCAGGCAGCCGCUGGGGAGGUGACCUCCACACCCCUGAACACUGAAUCAGCUCCUGAACAAAACUCUGUCAGGUCUGAAAUCCCCUCUUCUUCGUCACUGUCUGCUACCAAAACCACAGAGGUUAAUGAGCAGCAGAACCAGCAGCAGCAGCAGCAGAUGACUGCCAGGUCUGAGACCACGGUCGUCAACAGUCAGCAGGAGUCAAGGCAAUCAGCUGACUUCAGCACCAAGGACACUGCUACAGCCAAACAAGUCAGGACAAAAGUACGUUCUAAAAAUGGAGAAAAGAUGUUUCUGGAGCUUGUGACUUCACUCACUUAUGGCUGCCUAUAUCUACAUUUCUGUGUCUCUGACCUGUGUGUUGUUCUGACAGGCCUGUGUAACGCGGACAAACAGAACAAGGCGGGCUACACCGCCAUCAUGCUAACCGCUCUGGCUGCCUUCAAUUCCGACAGUGACCUUCAGACUGUUCUGCAGCUGUUGCGCACGGGAGACGUCAAUGCCAAGGCCAGCCAGGCAGGUCAGACUGCACUGAUGCUGGCGGUCAGUCAUGGCCGGGGGGACAUGGUGCGGGCGCUGCUGUCCUGCGGAGCACAAGUCAACAUUCGGGACGACGACGGCUCCACGGCCCUGAUGUGCGCCUGUGAACACGGUCACGUGGACAUCGUUCGUCAGCUCCUGUCCGUGCCGGGCUGUGAUGCCACACUCACUGAUAAUGACGGCAGCUCAGCUUUGUCCAUAGCACUGGAGGCCAGCCAGAACGACAUCGCUGUGCUUCUUUACGCUCACCUCAACUUUGCCAAGCCUCCCUCCCCUGUUUCACCCAAGUCUCCUCUCCUGGGCUCUUCGCCUCCCUCUGGCGAAAUGAAAUAGAAGUGCACCUCCCUCUGCUGUUGACACUCACUCUACUGCCAUUUCACUGCAACUGCUGUCGUGAGCUUGCGUUCUGUCCUUCACAGGAUCAUUGCCUUCGAGUUCAUGCUUUUAUAAUCACCGUUACUCUCUCUCUCCAUACAUUAGUCACAGGUUUUCAUUUUCACUUUUUUACCGUUUGUGUGGGACAUAUUAUAAAGACUGUAUAAACAUUACAUCACACUUUAGUUUUGGUCCCUGAACCACCCACAUCCGGCCUCUGGCCAGAUGUCUUAUUAAUGUAAUCUAAACACAGCUGGUAUCUUAUGACCGUCCAAUGAGAUGACAGGUGCAUCAAUGACCCCUACUGCUCAUUUAAGGGUAAUGCCCUGUUUCACACACUGUAGGAAAAUAAUCAGAUUUACUCACGAUACUGGGAAAUGACUGUCCAUUCAUUCUCAGGGUAAAAAAAUAUAUUUAAUUUCUAAUUAGAUUUUUAAUGAAAAAAAAUCUUUAGACUAUUAUUAUAUGGCUUCCUACCCUCACGAAGACUGUUUCAGAAGUUUCAUUACCCACUCGGUUUCAUGAAUACAAAACUCACAAUCUGUCCUAUCUUUUUUGAGUAGAUGUGUUUUUAAUAAUUGUUGCGUCAUCGUGUGUGUGUGUGUGUGUGUGUGUGUGAGAGAGAGAGAGAAAGACGAUCACAAUCAUUUUGGAAUAAUAAAAGCCACACGCUGCCAUAGAAAAGUGUCCUUGCAUCAACAAACGCACUGGUGCUCCAACAAAAAUAUUCCACACGAUAUUUGUUAAAAGAAUGAUUUAUUUACACAAAUGUAUUUUUGAUAGAAUGUGUUUUUAGAUUUUCAGCUCCAGUGACCACGUUUUUUUUUUUUUUUUUUACACCCAGAAACCUGUUGUCUGUUAUAUUUUCCAAACUCUGACCUUUGUCCUUUAAACUCUGUGACACUGUACGACAUUAUGGAGAUGACACUAACGUCAUUGUGGAAGAAGACACAGUGGGUUGUUUGUCCGCGAACACGAGUCUUCUUUGUGUUCUCGUGAAGUGAAGAAGUGUCGGAGCGCUAUUUGGAAAGAUGAGAACGUGUCUUUAAAAAAAAAGUUUAACAGUUGUUGAGAAAGUGAUUGUAGCGCCACCUCUGCUGGGGCCGUGCUGGUACCGGGAAUUGUUCCAGACGAGGACUGACUGACUGAAAGGUCUUUAAAGAACGUGCUGUGUAAGAUAGUGUAUUUCAAAAUAAUAUAUGUCGAUAUAUACAAUGACAAUUGUAACGUCUUCUGAAGUCAAACUCUUUGAGUGCAUAUGUUACGGAUGUCAAAGGUUUAUAUUACCUGUAACUUUCUUCGUCACAGUUUUCGUAUUUACUUUAAACGACUGAUAUUUUAUACAAAUCUUUUUUUUUUUUUUUUUUUUUUUUUUAAACGGGCUCUAACAUUUUAUACGUUUACAUAUGAAGCUCACGCCGACCUGUUGUAAUCCCACAGCUCUUUGUGUUUUCUCGGUUUACCAAAAUGUGGCGUUUUGGUUUUUUCUCACUUAAUUAGUGCAUUUUAAAAAAAGGAGAUUCUAAUAAAUGUGGACCACAGUA